CCGGGUUCAGUCCAUGUGUACAUACACAGGGCCUGUGCCUUCAGACAUGACCAAACAGCUGUGGGGAGUAAUCAGUGCCAUGAAUCCUGACCCAAUCACAGAUAUAAUAAAAAAUGACAAAGUAAUAACUGAUCUAGGGCAGCACUUGUUAAACAAAGGUGGGCUUUCGGCCAAGAAUAAACAGUGUGUGCGGGAGAAGAUGCGAGAAUUGGGAAGGUUAGUUCACAAUGCUAGGAGAGUCACCUCCUUAAAAACACUGGAAGAUUGUGUAAACCCAUUUAAGUACAUGGAGACUGUCAAAGCUGUCAAGUAUACAUGUGGGUAUGACAGUGAAACUGACAAGUUCAUGAUUCCAUCACUUGCAAACAAGCUUGGGAAUUCCCUGGUUAAAGUAAGCAAACUCUUGAAAGCUCGGGGCUUAAUCUCAAAUGACCAAAGGCUUGUGAAGUAUGCCAGUAAUUUUCAAGAGGUCCAUGCAAAUAAGUGGAAUGAGCUGAUCUCAUCUACAGCAUUGAGGAAUAUCAGGGAAGCAAAGUGGAAUGUGCCCACUCUUAUGCCCUUUACUGAAGAUGUCCAAAAAAUGCAUGCAUUUCUCAAUGAAGCUCAUGACGAGGGUUUCAAAUUACUCUCUGAAAGUCCUUCUACUACAGCUUGGAUGGAGCUGACAAAGGUAUGUUUGUCUCAGAUUAUUCUUUUUAAUCGACGCAGGGAAGGAGAAGUGGCGAGCAUGCCUUUAUCUGUAUUUUUAUCAAGAGACACUUCUGAACCACAUGAGGAUGUGGAUUGGGCACUCUCUGAAGUGGAAAAAAAACUCUGCAGACACUUCACAAGGGUUAUCACCAGGGGAAAACGUGGUCGACCAGUUCCAUUUCUUCUGACUCCAAAAAUGCUGAGCGCCUUGGAACUCCUUGUUGAGCAAAGAGAGAUUUGUGGGGUUUUAAAAGACAAUACCUAUAUGUUUGCAAGACCAGGCGCCAUGACACAUUUUCGAGGGUCAGACUGUCUCCGUGACUUUGCAAAGGCUUGUGGUGCAAAGUGUCCCAAGGCACUGACAUCUACCAGACUGCGAAAGCAUGCCGCAACCCUUUCAACGGUGCUGAAUAUGACAGACACUGAGAUGGACCAGCUGGCAAACUUUCUUGGACAUGACAUAAGAAUCCAUCGUGAAUUCUAUCGACUCCCUGAAAAGACCCUGCAACUUGCCAAGAUCAGCAAAGUUCUAAUGGCUCUUGAACAAGGAAGAUUAGCUGAGUUUCAUGGCAAGAACUUGGAUGAAAUUGGGAUAGAUCCUGAUGAAAAAGUUCUGGAAAGUGAUGAGGAAGAUGAGACCAUACAGGACGAACACUGUUCAUCUACCUUUGUUGAACCAACACAAGAAGAGAUUAUUCAUCCUGCAGAAAUUAAUGAAAUGCCGCCACCACCACCCAAGAGACGAAGACCACCAUCACCAGAUGAAGAGAUGCCUGCAGGAGCCAGUGGUGUGAGGCCUUCUUCCAAAGGUAAAACUAACAACAAGAAAAAUCCCUGGCAGAAGGCAGAGGUGGAGGCAGUGGAAAGGCACAUGAUGCGGUUCAUCACAUCUUGUACCGUACCAUCGAAGAGUCACUGUGAGAAGUGUUUGAAGGCUGAACCAGAAGCACUAAAGAAACGUGACUGGAAGAACGUGAAAUUCUUUAUAUAUAACCGCAUUACUGCCUAUAAAAGAAGUUUGCAUUGCAAAUAAGUUUGAAGGUUACCAACUCUCUGGUAUGGCAGUUUUUGUUUUUUGCCAUUUUCUUGUUUUUGCACUUUGGAGGUAAGUUGUUUUAUAAAUACCUACACCGGAGUUUUGCACUCUUUGUUGUCGAUUUCUAAAUUUGUGUUUUUUAUUCUUUUAUUUAUUUUAUUUUUUCUUAUGAAGAAAAUUUGUUUUGGGGGUUCAUUUUACCUCAUAUGUCAUGUGUUU